AAAGAAGUUCAUGACGUCAUCACAAUAACUCUGCUUGAAAACGUGUUCACAACUCGAUCGAUCACUUCCAUUGCUUCCCCUCAAUCGUUCCAGCAGUCAACUAUGUCUGCGAACACAGAGAACUGCGGCGUCGUUUACAAGUCGAAAUGUUUCCGAGCCAUCGUAUAUGACAAGCGGAACGUCACAUUGGGCGUCGCUGAAUCUCUUUGCAAAAACAAGCUGGCUAAUAUUUAUGACAUUACACACCUCAACAAGCUGAAGAAUUAUUUACGCACAAUGAUUCCUGGUGGGCGGAGAAACAUGUGGGUUCGUACGGGAAUGACUUAUGAGAACGAUAACUUGUAUUUAACCAAUGGCACAGAUGUAUCUCUGCCGAGCAAAGUUUGGUACCCUGGUCAUUUGUCUUCCAUGGCAUCAAGCACAAAUGUUGUGCUUCUGGUCGAUCGAGAUCCAGAAUUCGAGCAAGGGAUUUAUAAUUUUAGUCCAAACUGGAGUUAUCACGGAGCCAUCUGUGAAAAUGAAAUAUAACUUUGAACAUUGGCUGAUUAUUAAACUGAAGAAAGCAAGAAAUUAUUCGCAGU